CCCACCCCUAAUAACCACUGCUCCGCUUCUAGGUGAUGGGGUUCGGCUUGUACCUCAUGGAUGGAAACAGCAGCAACAUCUACAAACUGGAUGCUAAGAAGAGGAUUAACCUCACCAAGAUCGACAAGUGCUUCAAGCAACUGCAGGUGGUCCCUCUGUUUGGUGACAUGCAGAUCGAGUUGUCUCGCUACAUCAAGACCAGCGCUCACUUUGAGGAGAACAAGUCCAGGUGGACCUGCACGUCCAUCUCCAGCAGCCCUCAGUACAACAUCUGUGAGCAGAUGCUUCAGAUCCGUGACGAUCACAUGCGCUUCAUCUCGGAGCUAGCUCGCUACAGCAACAGUGAGGUUGGUGUGAAGAUCAGUGGUGCUUAAAGAGACGGUACUGGUGUUCUGUAGUCUGUGUGAGGUUCUCCUCCACAGUCAGGGUUCUACUAC